AUGGACUUCCACCUCAACCACCACCUACCCGGCGGCUCUCCUUCCUCUUCCACCUCCUCGUCGGACCGGAACCCUAACUCCUCUUCCCACCACCACAAUAAUGGCCACAACGCCAACACCGACCCAAUGCACUCCUGGUGGGAGUCCAUCUCCAAAGCCCGCUCUCGCAUCCACCUCCUCUCUUCCAUCCUCCCCGACUCCACUUCCAAUUCUCUUUCCUCCGUCGCCGAAUCCGACCGCCCUGCCCGCUCUCUCCUCUCCUCCUCCGCUGCCUACUCUGCGGUCUCCUCUCUUCUAUCCUCCCCUUCCUCCGGCUCCGGCGAUGAUCCCCUCUGCCACUGGCUCUACGACACUUUCCUCUCCUCCGAUUCUGAUCUCCGCCUCGUCGUCCUCUCCUUCAUCCCCCUCCUCUCCUCUCUCUACCUCUCCCGGAUUCACUCCAAUUCCAUCCCCUCCCCCUCCGCCACCAUCGCCACGCCCUCCCUCGCUGGCUUCGAAGCCGUUCUUCUCGCUCUCUACUCCUCCGAAACCAAAUCACGCGCCGGCAAACCUAUCCUGGUUAACAUUCCCGAUCUCUCUCAGCCCUCUCUUUACCACACGCCUCGAAACAAUAUCGUUACUAGUAAGUCAAACCCUAACCCUAAUUCUUCUUCAGCCAGUCAAUCUAAUCGGUUACCGUCUAUCGGAGUUCUUUGUCCUCCCUUAGAGCCCCAAAACGCUGUGAAAUCAACGAAACGUGCCUGCAUUGUUGGCGUCGCAUUAGAUUGUUAUUACAAGCAGAUCUCCCAGAUGCCGAGCUGGUCCAAGCUCGAUUUCUGUACAUUCGUGGCUGAUUGGGCCGGUCAGGACUGCCCUUGCAAGUUCGAAUUUGACCAAAAAAUCGUCCUUGAGAUCGAAAACGGAUUUUCUGAGAAUUCUAGGGUUCAGGAAAUCAAUGAUGCUGUGGAAGAGAUGAGGACUUUGAGAAUUGGUGAAAAUUCGGAGAAUUCGAUCCCAAAAGGGCCAAGAAUUCCGUUGCCAUGGGAGCUAUUCCAACCGGUGUUGAGAAUUAUGGGGCACUGUUUGUUGGGUCCUCUGAAUUCGGAGGAUGUGAAGGACGCUGCUUCAGUGGCAGUGCGGUGUUUGUAUGCAAGGGCUUCGCAUGAUUUGGUUCCCCAGGCAAUUUUGGCAACAAGGAGUUUGAUUCAGCUUGAUAAUAGAGCACGUGAGGCAGCAAAAGCCGCAGCAGCAGCAGCCAAUGCUGCUUCCAAUGCUAAUACGCCUAGUAAAGCAAAGAAGCCGGAGAUCCUUUUGGUUUCGAAAUGA